AAAAAUGGCUGCAGCUGGUUGGUAGUGUAGUGAUUACGGGCUAGUGUUUAAAUAAAAGCUUUAGGCUUUAUGGUGAUUGUUGUUAAAAUUUAUUCUUACUCCACUAAACAUGAAUAAAAUGGAUUCAACUCUUACAAGUAUGUGGGUGAGUUUCUUCACGGCCGCGGGGAUCCCUUCAGACGUGUCUGCGUCGUACGCGCUGACGUUUGCUGAGAACCGCAUCCAGAACGACAUGUUGCUGGACCUAAACAAGGAGUAUCUGAGGGACAUGGGCAUUACUAGGAUGGGGGAUGUUAUUGCUAUACUGCGGCACGCAAAGCAAGUGCAUGAGAGCUUGGCGCGGGACAAGGUGCUAGGCAGCACUGUCAAUGUAGUCCCCGUGGCCGCCAUCACUGGCCGCACCACCAUCACACAGAACAAGCCUUCUUCCCCCGCGUGUCGCAUAUUGGAGCACUACACGCGCAACGCCAGGGAGGCCGCCGUCUCGCCCACGCACCAGAAGAAGCGUAAGAGCGAUGAAGGGAAAGAGACAGUAGAUGUAAAGAAAUCCCGUCUUAUCCGAUUCGGAUCGCCGCAACCUGCCGCCAAAGAAGUUACUCAAACGAAAACUGUCUUCGCAAGACUUGGACAGAGCGACGGAGCAGUGACAAGACCCAAACUCGUCAAACCUACGGCUGUAGCCACGAAUGAUGUUAAACCCAUUUUCGCUCGCCUCGGUUCCAAAGAAGACUCCGGUCCAGUCGUGCCCGUACAGAAAGAUGCUCUCAAAUAUGAGGGUAUACUGAAAAGCCCACCCGCUGCGAAAACUGUAACUAUCACUACCACCAAGAAUAGUGUACGGAGAAUAGCAUGCACAAUGAGAGCCGAUGAGCAACCGAUAAGUGUUAAAGAAAAAUUAGCCGUACCGAAAUCUAAAUCAGUAAAGUUUUCAAAUCAUGUGGAAUAUAAAGAAAUAGAAGCGGUAAAGAGUGUACAAGCUAGACUUGUGCAGAAAACUCAGCCGAAGCAGACAGUUUUUAAUAAACCGGAGAGGCGGUUAUCAAUGCCCGCAGUUGAUAAUUCUAGUGUCAAGGCCCGCUUGGGUGCGAAGAAUGUUGCCAGUCCGGCACCAGUCAAAGAUAAUAAUAUAAGGAUAACUAAGAAUGUGUUUAAGAGGCUUGGUGUGUAAUAGUGUGGUAUUCAUGGAACUUGGUGCUAAGAGUUAUUUUGAAGUGUUAAGUUCGGUUGGUUGAGAUUGCAGGCGCUGUCAAUGUUGCUAUAUUUUGAUAGUGAUGAAAAGCUUCGGUGUAAGAUCCUCAUCUAUUCUGUUUUAUGUGAAACCGACACAUACUACAAGUGCAUGCAAAUGCCUUGUUUUUUUGCCGUCAUCAGCUUUCCGUGUGCCGCUGUGAAGAAGAAAUAACAUUUUUAAAAUGUGUAGUUCCUAAACUACCCUGACUAGACGUUGCAGCUCGUGUUUUGGGUAUCAGGAAAAUUUCUGUAAAUAAAUCAAAGGUCUAUUUCUAUUUGUCCCCGCCCCACGUGACCUUCGCCAUACAUGAGACGGGGACAUAUGGGAAUGAUUAAUAUGAAUGCACCUAUUCCCGUCUGUGCCCGGCGGGGACAACUGGUAAUACACCAAAUCAGGUCUUUUUACACUGAAAGUGUAAUAUUUCUAUCAGUUGACUAAAAAAAGUGCUCUUUUGAUAUUAUACAAUAUCAAUCUGUAUGUUUGUGAUGAUACCAUCAUCAUCAAGGUGACCAAUGUGUAACCUUUUUUGUAUUUUCAAGUUUAAUAUGUCAUCGUCAUUAACUUAAGUUAUUCUCUUGUCGGUGGAGUAUCUCCCAGCGUUCCCUAUCCUGCGCCAGCUCUUUGACUUUUUGAUACGACACGACCCCUACUUUUUCUUUCACUUGUUCUAAAACAGGGUUCGAAAUUAUCCGGAUAAUUAGUCUUUGAUAAUUAUCGUGAUAAUUAUCCGAUAAAUAUCGGAUUAUUAUCCCAGGUAUGGAUGGUGCUAUAUUUAUUUUCUUUGAAUUGUUUGAUGGCGAAUUUUGCUAUGCACAAAUAAAAACUGACCUAAUGACUAGUUUUUUUAUUAACCGUUGAAAUAUAAAAUAAUCAUCAUGUAACAAUCUAAUUAUAUUACGUAAAUUUUAGGUUAUUAUCAAAUCGAUAAUUAUCAGGCAUUAAAAAUCACGAUAAUUAUCUCUAUAAUUAUCAAGAUAACUAUCAUUUAUAAUUAUCCUUUCGAGCCCUGUUCUAAAAAGCUGCGUCUGGGUUUUCCUCUUACCCCGCUUGCUUCCUUUCCGCCCCUCCAGGAUAGUAAGAAGUAGUGGGGUCGUAUUAAGUGUCGAAUCAUUUUUCUCCGUCUAUUUACAAUAGUGCAUAGUUUAAUAGGUACGAAAACCAAUUUCAAUUUUCAACUGGUCAGAUUUGACGUCGAAAUUGUACCGUCUAGAUUUUUUAUUAUGUGAAAAUUUACGUAAGUUACGUAUAAAUAUUGUCUAGGAUAAAUUUCCUAGUCCUUGUGAUAAAAUAAGUUAGUUAAUGUUUUUGCAUUUGUGUAUUUUUUUUAAUUUUAGGGUAUUAUAGUUUAAGAUUUAAUUUUUAUGGUCUGUUAAUCACAUCAAAACUUUGAAUUUUCAUUUCCACAAUUUUUAAAGAAUCCCAUGUUUUUCUUAUCUAAUGGGAAACUUUUCUUUAUAUGUACAAUUUGAAUCUCUUUAUAAAAAAAUUCGUAAAUGUAUCUAUACUUUAAAGAAUCAGGUAUUCCAGAGAAAAAUGUUUUAGUUUUAUUGUUACUGAUAAAGAUAGGAGAUAUGUGUGUAUUGCUUUUUAUUUGUGUAACCAUGCUUCAUGUGUAUAAGGACCUUUCCAUCAGAAAAUACCCUUCUCUGAUGGAAAGCCACAUCUGUAAAUAGUUUCCUUAAACCGAGGCAUGUAUCAAUUCAAGUGUUCAAUUUAGUUUAAUAUUUUUGCUAAAGUUGUUUGAUAUAUUGUGGGUUGUGGGUGAUGAAUAAUGCACUCAUAAUACUGCAGCUACUUUCUCAGGUGUCAGCUUUGUUUAGUUUAGUUUAGUUUUUCAUUAUAAUUUUAACAAUAGUCAUCAUUUAUCAGCAAUUUAUCAGCAAAUCAGAAGAAUGAAAAGUGUCGUGAAAUUUCUAGGUUUUGAAUGCAGUUUCUAAUAUUAAUGCUAUACAGGUUGUUUUUUUACAUUACCGGCAAUAUUUGUGUCGUUUUCAAUCAAAAGGUACCACAUUGUCGCUUGCCAUAAGGAUGCUCUGACAGGUUGUUCGUAUAAUAAUACAAGCAAUUUUCGUCCUUAUGGUAAGCGAAAAUGUGGUACCUUUUGAUUGAAAACGUCACAUUUUACUAUGUGAAUAUAUAGAUCAUACUGAGCAACUUUUACUAUGGGAUCAACCCCGAAAUCGCGAAAUAAAAUUGACUCUCCCAAAAACACUUCAACAUCUGACAAGCUAAAAUGUAGGACACAGCCAAUUUUUAUUUCGUGAUUUAGGGGUUUCUCCCAUAACUCAUAAAUCAUUUAUUCGUAAAAACAUAUGUACAAAAAUUAGGUCUUAUAAAUAAACAUGUUGUGGAACACUAUGUUUUGCCUGUAGGCGUACGAUUGGUUUACAAUUCUUAUCAUGCAUAAUUAUAUUAUAAACUACAAUUCAUGCAUAUAUAAAUUAAUCAAAAUACAAGAAUUUCAUGCAUAUCAUAUUAAGUAACAAGAAAACAAUGUCAAGGAGAGAUCAAUAUAAAAUUCCAAUAAAAUUAAUAUAUUUGUCAGCGUUAUUAAUUAUAAAUCAAUAUCAUUUAGAAAUUGUUGUACACUGUAAUAACAUUUUUUUACUAAUAGCAGUUUCAGCUCUUUCUUGAAUUUUCCAAGUUUUAAAUCUUUUAGAUCGUUUGGAAUUUUGUUAAAUAAAUAUUAUAUAACAAAUGUGGUGCCAUUCCCAAUAUACUUUUUCGUACUAAGGCGGUUUUGCAAUUUUUAUUGCGCAAUGCGUUUUCAUACUGAGGUCUUACGGGGAACCUUCGUACGUCAGAAAUUUUGUCAUACAAUUUAGGAUUACAUUUGACGAAAAUAACUGUUUCCAAAAUAUAUAGACUGGGUACGGUCAGUAUACUUAACGAUCUAAAAUAUGGAAUGCAGCUAUCUGUCAUUUUAAGGCCACACAUAGCUCGUACGCACCUCUUUUGUACUAUAAACGCUGUAUCUUUAUCAACCGAAUUGCCCCAAAAGAUAAUACCGUAUCUUAAUGUCGAUGCCACCAGUCCGUGGUAAGUGGUAAGUCCGUGGUAUUCUUUACUUACUAUUUUCGAAAGCUUAUGUAGAUCGAAAGCUGAUUUACUCAUUAUGUAUGACAUAUAUAUUAAUCAAGCAAAAUAUUGCCGGUAAUAAAAAAAUUACCUCUAUAACGGAAAUUGAUAACCUGUAUAAUAAAAACUAAGUUCAAAAUAAAUGGAACCCGGAUUAUUGUUUUACAGGUCUGAUAUUUAGUUGUCAAGCAAGUCAAAAGUGAGUUCAAAACAAAAUGACUGUUAGAAAAUUCCAAAAAAUGCAAAAUUAGGUGAAAGUAAGCAAUCUCUCUGCUUUGCCCUAAGGUUGACUGGUGGAGAAUGCUUUUGGAAUUAAGUCCACCUUUUGUACGAUAAGUAUGUUACCUACCCGUAUAUUUGUUAGAAAAGUUGUAUAUAUUAACUUACAAUUUUAUUGUAAAAGUUCGUAACCAGCUAUCGGCUGCCAUUUAUUUUCAAUUUUACAUUAGUAUAAGGACUAAAUGGGGUUGGCAACUGUAAAAGGUUUGCAGAGAUGGCGCCAUCAUAGCUUGCCCCUUUUUCUAUGAGAUUUGGCUUAAAGGGCUGGCAUCCAAGGCAUUUAAAAAACAAAAAUUUGACACAAUCCUAGGGAUUGACAGGGCAAGCUAUGCUGGCGCCAUCCGCUACACUUCGACCCCCAUUGGAUAUGACAGAUACUAUAAUAACAGUUUUGAAUGAUUCACGGUUAGUUUCAAUAUAGAUCUACCGGGAUAUGGACCGUGAUUACCUUUAUUGUUUUCGAGCUCCCGAUAUUUCGACGCAGUUACAUGCAUCUUGUUCACGGGUGACUGAAGAUAGCGGGUGGGUCAAAGUUGUGUAGACCGCGCUCGGUCUACCCUCAUUCGUGCGCGUCGGCUGCGUUCACUUUUAACGUUACCACUGGUCGCGUUCACACUCGUUGGUCUGGUCGCGUUCACAAAUAUCGGGAGUUCGAAAACAAUAAAGGUAAUCACUGUCGAUAUCCCGGUCAAUAUAAUUCUAGCUAUUAUUAUGUUUGACAUAGGAGUUUAGAUGUAAGGUUUACUGAAAGGACAUUUUGUAAAUAACUAG